AUGGCAUUGCCAGGGAGUCCCGAUUUGUUGACUAUUCCAGGGGUGGGACCUAGGAAUUUGAGGAAGUUGGUGGAGAAGGGUAUUGGGGGUGUUGCCGAGCUCAAACAGCUCUACAAAGAUAAGUUCUUUGGGAUGUCAAGUCAGAAGAUGGUUGAAUAUUUACGGAGUUCAGUUGGUAUCAUUCACAGAAACCAUGCUGAGAGUAUAACUACUUUCAUCAAGGAGAGUGUGGAUGAAGAGUUAAAGGAGGAUAGUUCUAAUUCUGAUUUCAAGCUGCCCCCAAAGAAACGCCUUACUUUCUGUGUUGAGGGAAAUAUCAGUGUUGGGAAGACAACUUUCCUUCAGAGAAUAGCUAAUGAAACACUCGAGCUACAGGAUCUUGUCGAGAUUGUCCCAGAACCUAUCAACAAAUGGCAGGAUGUUGGACCAGACCACUUUAAUAUAUUAGAUGCUUUUUAUGCUGAGCCACAAAGAUAUGCUUAUACCUUCCAAAACUAUGUGUUUGUUACAAGAGUUAUGCAGGAGAGAGAAUCAUCCGGUGGACUUAAGCCCCUCAGAUUGAUGGAGAGGAGUGUUUUCAGUGAUAGGAUGGUAUUUGUGCGAGCUGUUCAUGAGGCAAAUUGGAUGAAUGAGAUGGAGAUCAGCAUUUAUGACUCAUGGUUCGAUCCAGUUGUUUCAAGUUUGCCCGGCCUUAUACCCGAUGGUUUUAUUUAUCUUAGAGCAAGCCCUGAUACUUGUCACAAGCGAUUGUUGCUACGGAGGAGAGCAGAGGAAGGUGGAGUAACGCUGGAGUAUCUGCGUGACUUGCAUGAAAAGCAUGAGAGCUGGCUUUUCCCAUUCCAAAGUGGAAAUCAUGGGAUUUUAUCUGUCAAUAAGCUUCCCUCGGAAGUGGAUUGCUCAUUACAUCCUGAUAUAAGGGAUCGCGUGUUUUACUUGGAGGGUAACCAUAUGCAUUCAAGCAUUCAAAAGGUUCCAGCUUUGGUUCUUGAUUGUGAACCCAAUAUAGAUUUCAGCAACGACAUUGAAGCAAAGCAGCAGUAUGCUCAACAAGUUGCAAAGUUCUUUGAAUUUGUGAAGAAAAAGAAAGAAGUUCCAGCUGCAAAAGUUGGUGAAGCAGCAGCAUCGAGUAGCAAACCUCAGGUGUUGCUGCCCCACAAGGGUUUGUGGGUGCCUGAUGGAAAGCAUUUCCCUAAGUCAGCCCUCGAGUCUUUGGAUUUCCGACGUGCCAUAUCAUUCAUGUCUGGGCAGUAG